GCCAAGGGAACGAUAGCGAAACCGAAACACUGGAGAAACGAAACAGGAAGCAGUAUGGCCAGUGAAGACGCUGCUCUUGGUUGGGGAGUCCCUAUGUGCUCUUCGGAAAGUGAUGCGUUCUUUCCCGAUUUUACUCCUCAAAGAUAUGAUUGAUAUUUUAAUGUGCUGUGCCAUUGUAACAUUAGAUGAUGCGAAGUUUUUUUUCUUCGGAGACAGAAAGCUUUUCAACUCUAUUUUUAUGAUUCGAAUUUGAGAAAAUGGUUGUGCUUCAUAUAAGAUAUCUGAGUUAAAAGGAUACAUCGCAUUUUAUUAAAAAUAUGAGCAAUAAAUGGGAAAUUUUUCUACAAAUUUGUUACCACAGCUUAAAUUUUAUAACAUUAAUUUGUUGAACUCAUCUAGCAUUAUUAAUUUUGUUGCCUUAACAAUUCGAAUUACUUGUUCAUCGUGAGGUUGAGAAAUUCAGAUUUUACUACUACAGGAUUACUUCAUGUCGUAAUGUGGAACGAUAAAUGAAUAAACUGCUCUUUUUUUGAUAAAUAUCGUUACUUGGAAAGUAAUUUUUUAAAUUUUUUUCUCACGGCCUGUAAAAAUAAUUUAGAGCAAUGCCAUCAAAUUCUUAAACAUUCAGCAGGUAAUCAGUGCACCUGUAGAAUGAAAGAAACGUGAACUCACUUUUCAUUCGCAUUUCGAAACUUCCAAGGAAAUUCUAAUUUAAAACAGUUUUAGUAUAUAAUGGUGCUGAAAUGAAAGUUGGUGUUUGUUUCCUUGACUUCCUUUCAAUACUCGGUGGAUAUCCAAUAGAAAAACUCGCCAUCGCGUUGCCUCUAAUGCCACCUUCAGCUCUCUCUUGAAAGGCAUGCGAGUUGCUCUUCCAUGAGUUCGAAACAGUCGUUGUCGGACCCCAGCAAGAGGCACGUGCUCAUAAGUCGCUGCUGCAUCGCCCUGGUGUUGCAGAAGAUCCACAGCGAUGCCACCAAGCAGCCGGAGGACGGACAUUGCAUCUUCGCUGAUUUUCUGCAGCAGAACUCCAUGUGUUUCUGGAAUGCGUGCUUGACCAGGAGUGUGGCCAGCCUGGAGUACCGGGGCUGCCUCGUGCCCAGUACCCUUCUCAUCUCGGGGACCGAUUUCGCUCUGGAGGUGGUUCGAUCGGCCUGGGCCCGUAGAGUUCUCCGGCCUCCCAAAGGAUACUCGAUUGGAAGACUAGGGGAUAUCGGCGUCGUGGAGAUGGUGCCCGUGUCCCAAACGCAGUUCGCACCCUUAUCCGAAGCUUUGUGCAAAGUAGUUGCUGACCUGAACGGAGACGGAGUGCAGGCCUCGACCUCCACCAUCCGAGUGAAGUUGGAGGAGAACUUCCCCGAGAUGCAGGUGCCGGCCGAGGACAUCCUCUACAAGACUCUCGGGGGACUCAUCAAGGAGCGGAAACUCUACCACACGGGAAAUGGUUACUUCGUGGUGAGUCCGGAGACAUACCGACAGCGUGCGGUCAGCCCUCUCUGCGAGCGGCAGAUGCUGAUGACUAACGAGGAGGCCAUCGUGAAGCUGCACGGACGCAAGGAGUGCUCGCUGGCCAUUCAGGUGGACGAGAUGGACAUUGCCGCAGCCUGGAAGUGCUCCUCUUCCGCAUUCCUGCACGCCUCGCAGCGCAGUAAAGAUGUCUCCUGCCAGAUUACGCAGGUUCCCCCGUCCCCGGACUUGCAAUACCUGGAACGUAGUCACUCUCUGAAAAUUCUACGAAUGAAGCGACGCCCCAAGAGCAAUGAAGGUGUAGACCGGGGCGGCUCUUUUAAGGAGACCAAAAGGCUCAGUUACUUGGCAAACGAGCUCAACGAAAACAUCCAGGAUCUACCCAAAAGUGAGAAACAGUCUGUACUUGCGAAGAUCUUGAAACGCAUGCAGUCUCUGACGGACAAGUCAGCCAAGCACGUUUCCUUUUCCGCCCAGUUCCCUCCCCUCGAGUGGCUAGAGAAUGGCCAUUUGCACGGACAUUCGGUGGCCACGCAAACACUUCUGCAGAAAGUUGAUCCCAAAGCAAAUGUGAAAAGAAUAGAACCAAGUUGUCCAAAGAUACCAUGGGACGAAGUCGAUGGAAGAGGUUUUACGUAUUACUUCACCUCUAACGGAGUGCCCAAAUCUACUUUUGUGGAUACAGAUUCCAACAAAUACAAGAAUGCUUCGGUUCCCAUGCGCCAGGGAAACUCUAGACAUUCCCCUUCACACAGAUACUCACACGGGUCAUUCUCAAACUAUGCCAAGCGUCGCCACAGGCAUAGAAGAAGUUCCAGUGAGAGUCCCAAAAUUCACAAAACACUAUCCAAUGGCCAUAGGAACAGUUCACCUGGAUCUAAAUCUCCUACAGACCAGAGUGACGCCAAACUCUCCUUCAGCUCUUCUAGUGGCUCAGCCAAUCCAAAAGCCAUCGUCAACCCCCGCCUACAGACUCUGGAACAUCCUCAUGGCCCCAGGACUAAUUUAUACUCCAGCAACACUCUUCCUUCCAACUGGGAGAGUAGAAAUAAUGCAUCGCCUCUGCGUGCCCCUGAAACAAAGCAAAUCAAAAACUCAUCCACUUAUUCCCCAAAGACAAUAAAACGGAUUCCUGUGAUCACGAAUAGUCCAAAGUGUGUUGCAGAAUCGAAGCUGGAUAAGGAAUUGAGGACCUAUUCACCAAAAAUGCCAAGAUCAAUACAAAGUGUUAACGUUCCAAAAGUGCUACCAACUCAAAAUCAAAUGAAAGGCAAGGAUUCCAAGGAUAAGAGCAAUCUCAGGAACAAUCAGGAAUCAGAGGAGGACCAUUCUCUGUCGAGGACCCUCAGUGACGCCAAGUUGGCGCUGAGCGAAUCUUUCAGCGAUACGUCUGUGUCCUGCAAUGGUGUAGAGCCUUUGAAGAAGAGCAUUGAUAUAAAACCUCUCGUUCUCAAGAGUUUUGUUGACGAACCGAAAGUAACUCAAAAGGCAGAAAAGAAAGCAUCUCCUCCAAAAGAAAUAACGGUUGACAAUUCCGUCAGCGUCGAAGUCGCUUUGGAAAAGAGUCCUCAACCGUCGAAUAAAAAGAACAACAUCUCGACGACCGUCGUUACCGAAGAGACCACGGUAACCAAAGAGAACGGCAAUUCCAAAGUUGUCACUGUGACCAGCAUCACAACUAGUUUAUCACACGGUGGCAUAAAAGAUUUGGAGAAACCAAGCCCCGAUAAAAGUUCAUUGGACAGUGUAACGAGCGAAAAGCAGAAAACGUCGGUGAAUGAUCUGAACAUCGAAACGGUGAAAGGUUCUAGAAUAAUUGAUUGUAGUAGCUCUUGUAAUAUAGUCACCGAAGUAAAAUGAUUAUUAUUUUUUGUAAAAAAACCGUAAGCAUAUCGUUAAAACUCAAUAAUAUGCCAACCUGUGAGGUGGGAUUUGUAUCACUAAGUGAAAAUUCGUGGCUCACAUAAUUAUUAAGCUAUUACCUUGUCAUCCAUCUAGAAUAAUUGUAUCUGACAGAAGUAGAUAGAAAAUUUCUUGUUAUACAUAAUUACACUGGUUGAUCAGUUACCGAAUAUAAUCCGUUCGAACACAAAGUUUGUUGAAAUCGAUCUUGGUAAUGAACUAUUCGUUAACUGGCUGUCCAUUUCAGACAGAUUUCUAGGAUUUAGUCAUUCUGAAACAGGGAAAAUAAAUAAAAAAAUCAUACGCUUUUUUAAUACAUUAUUUUGUAUGUAAUAACAAUAACAGAUUUUUUUUUUCAGUUUCUAUGGUUAACACAAGUUUGAAACUAUUCCCAUUUUUAUUGUUAUAUUCAUCUUCCAACUUAUUUCUUUUAUACAUUUUUUUUCAAAUAAAAAAUGGCUAAUUUUAAUAAACAACUAUGAA